GGUCUUUCACGUAACCAGUGGCCAUUUUACAAAACAAGAAUCGGGAGUGCAAGUUAGCCAAGCUCCCCUGUAGUUUUUGAAUAUAUACCGCUGUUUAACUUAAUAUUUUUAACGGCUUUUCUUAGUCUGCUUGUGUGAAAAUGUCUCGUGACCGGUCCCGUAACCGUGGAGGAUUCCAGCACCGAGGCCGCGGAGGAAUCGGGAUGCGCGGCGGUAUGGGAAACCCAAAUUUUAGAAAUCAAAACCAGUAUCCUUAUCAGAACCGAGGAGCCCAUAUGGGUGGUGGGUUUAAGCCGAAUUUGGGAAACCAACCCACCCAGGCGUCUACACCACAGAAGCCGCAAGAAUCCAAUCAAAACAAACCAGCGGUGCAGACACCUCCGGCGCAAGCCCCUGUCCUGCCCCAGCAGAGCAACAACAAAGGCCCGUCGCCACAACCGACCGCCGUUCCCGCUCAGCCGAAGAUCCAGUCUCCACCGCCGCAGAAUACCGUGAAGACCCCGGACCUCGUAUCCCCACAGAACCAGCCCAGAAAGAUUCAACCCGCCCAAGGUGUGAUGGGAAAUGGCCAAAAACCGCCUGUUCCCGUGAUGAAAGCCCCAGAGCAGACACCACCACCACAACAACAACAACAACCACCGAUCACCAAGAGUGAGGACAGCUCUCAGCCUCAGGAAUUGAGAGCGACGCUGUCUUUGCUGCGCAAGCCCGGGGAGAAGACCUACACUCAGCGCUGCCGUCUGUUUAUUGGGAACCUCCCAAACGACAUCACUGAACCUGAAUUCAGGAAAUUGUUUGCAAAGUAUGGCGUGCCCAGUGAGAUUUUCAUCAAUCAAAGCAAAGGGUUUGGAUUUAUCAGACUGGAAUCCCGUGCCUUGGCAGAGAUUGCAAAAGCUGAGCUGGAUGAUAUCCCAAUGAAAGGCAGACCACUUAGAGUUCGUUUUGCCACUCAUUCUGCCGCACUUUCUGUGCGCAACUUGUCUCCAUAUGUGUCCAAUGAACUGCUGGAAGAAGCCUUCUCUCAGUUUGGGAUGGUGGAGAGGGCUGUAGUAAUCGUAGACGACCGUGGCCGCUCCACUGGGAAGGGCAUUGUUGAGUUUUCUUCCAAGCCAGCUGCACGGAAGGCCCUCGAUCGGAUCAGUGAUGGAGUCUUCCUUCUCACAUCGGCACCCCGUCCAAUUGUGGUUGAAUUGUUAGAACAAUAUGAUGAGGAGGACGGUUUGCCAGAGAAACUUGCACAGAAGAACCCCAGUUAUCAGAAGGAGCGAGAGCAACCUCCUCGGUUCGCCCGUCCUGGUACCUUUGAGUUUGAAUACUCGCAACGAUGGAAGUCUCUUGAUGAGAUGGAGAAACAACAGAGGCAACAAGUGGAGAAGAACAUUCGUGAGGCCCGUGAGAAGCUGGAAGGAGAGAUGGAAGAUGCUUAUCAUGAGCACCAAGCAAACAUGCUCAGACAGGACCUUCUUAGACGUCAGGAGGAACUCCGCCGCAUGGAAGAGUUGCACAGUCAGGAGAUGCAGAAGCGUAAAGAGAUGCAGCUCAGGCAAGAAGAGGAACGCCGUAGGAGAGAGGAGGAGAUGAUGCGGCAGAGAGAAAUGGAGGAACAGAUGAGGCGCAAACGUGAGGAGUCUUACAGAAUGGGCGGCUUUAUGGAUAAUAGAGACAGGGAGAUGAGAAUGAAUUCCAGUGGAGGCCUGGGGUUGGCUGAUAUGCCAUUUGGGUCACCUAGCCAGAAGUUUCCAUUGACCGGAAUGAACUUUGAAGGACACCAGGGAAUGGGGGGAACAACACCUGGGGGCAUGGCGCCCAACGAAAUGCGCAAUGAGCGUUUCCCGCAAGGUGGCCAAGGGGGUCCAAGGGGCAUGGGUGCUGGAAACCCAGGAUUUGGCAGGGUCCGUGAGGAAUAUGAAGGAGCUGCCAAGAAGCCACGCUUCUGAUCUGGCACUAUAAAAUCAAAGUUUGUGUGUGGAAAUCCAGAGGCUCGGUUCUGGAAUCACAAUUGAUGUAUUUAAGUUUAAAGAAGUUUUAGCCUGAAAACUCAUCCCAUUUGUGGCAAUAUUUUUUUUUUUUCGUCCUGUUUUUAUUUUGUAUUCUUAAUAGGUAAUAUAGUGAAACCAUUGAAGCCAGCAGUGGCUCAGUGCUACCAACAUGUAAUCCUCUUUCUUACUAGUCUAUCUUGUCAUGUUACUUGUGUUAUACUGGUGAAUAUUGUAAAUUGUUCUGAUCUCACUAUGGCUGUGUUCUGUGCCAUUCACAUCUAAAAUAAUACAUGUACAUUUUCAAUAAAGAGUGCAGUUGGUUCUCCAAAACCCCAA